AUGCCGUUUGGAGAGAUGACGAUCCUCCUUCACAACGUGGCACACAUUCUUGGGCUUGCGGUUGACGGAGAGGCGAUGGUAGUGGAUCCGAGGCAGUUGGAGAAGUUUGCACUGGAGGCUGACAUCCGAGCACUACUGGGAUUAGAUCGUGACGAGGAUGAGUACGGGGCGCAGGUUGGCGAGGUUGCUAGUCUGUCUAGGUGGUACAGAGGAUUUGGUUUGUCGGGUGUGGGAGCUUUGACUCAUUUGCAGCAGUCUGGUCCGCCAGCUAGAGAGGCUCAGUGCUACCUUCUUUUGCUGCUUGGGUCCACACUGUUCGUAGAUAAGAGUAAGGACCGCGUUUCUGCUGUUGUGAACUUGUUUGUGAAGAGGCCGGAUAUGCUAGGAGAGUAUGCGUGGGGGGCUGGAGCACUUGCUUAUCUGUACAGGCAGCUUGGUAUUGCCUCCCAGGCGGAGGCUAAGGGAGUGUCGGGUUGUCUGACUUUACUACAGUGUUGGAUUUACGACCACUUUCCUACUUUGAGGCCUACUCGGUUGGAGCCACGAGAGCUGGAGCGGGGGCAGGCAGGAGCAUUCAGGUGGCGCGGUACAGCACCCCGGUCGAGUAAGAGGAGGGAUGCACAGAUGCUGGCUUAUUAUCGGCAGGCGAUCGAUAGUUUGACCCUCAGUCAGUUAGUUGGACUCCGUAUGGUCGUAGUCCUCAUCUGA